AUGAACGUCGAUAGCCUCCGUUCCAGCCGCUCCUCCUACGGCGACCCCCGGUACCUGUCUGCCUACUCCAAUGGCGUCUCCUCGCUCCCGUCCAAGGUGCUGGUGGACGGCUAUCGAGGGACCUCGGACCUUUCCAACGAUGACAGAUCCCAGUACAGUACGGUCAGCCCGAAUCCCCAGCGGGGUCCGCUAUCGAUCGAUGUUACCGACCCAGUCCUAAUGCACUUGUUGACCGAAACUGCCAUUGGCGACAGCAUCGGGUACGAGAUCCUGCCUUUCGAAGAAGUCGAGGAUUUGAAAAGAGAAUAUGCCUUCUUGUCGAACCGCAUCGAGGCAACCAAGCGGAAACUGGCUCUGGAGACGAAACUCCGGGAUGCUGCUCAGUCGCUUCGCCGCCUACACCGUCCCAAGAGUACCCGCAAUGGCACUGAGCCUUAUCUCAACGGACAUACAAAUGGCGUGAUACCCGAGCCGGACGAGGAUGCCGACGAUGAGUUCGCCGUGAGCUCCCGAAAGUGCGAGGAAUUGGCGCAGGAGUUAUGGAAGCUGGAGCGCCGGGCUCAGCAUGUCCACAGACGAAUCCUCGAACACACUGCCGGAAUCUUACAGUUGACGCACAAGGGUCUUAAGAAAAAUGUCAACCAGAACGGCGCGAACCAGAGCACAAAUGGGGUUUCUCGUGGGAGCGUUGACUUUGACGAUCGCAGUCUGUACAAGACGGUGGACAGCCUGGACGACUUCGGACCCGACGGCCGAAGAGUUGCUCAAAACGGCAUCGACGUCAAUGUGAUUCGUAACACUGAGCAGAAGCUUGAGGAACUCAAUGGCCGUCUACGUGAUCUGAUCUUACGGGGCCAGGAGGAUUUUGAUCUUGACCCUCUUCCUCAGAGUUCAAACGAUGGCGAUGCCGUGAAAUCUCCAGCAUUGGUACAAGCGCAUCUGGCAUACCUCGAGAAUAGCCUAAAUACGCUCGAGACUCGGGGACUCCAGGUCGGAGGGGUAGGGGGUUCUGCUGGUGAGAUAGAGGCGCAACUCAGUGAAAUCAACAACCGACUACAUUCCCUUCUGGGGCAAGCUGGAUCUGUGCUUUCCCCGUCUCAUCCUCCUCCCCCAAGCCCGUCUGGGGAGUACCUGCACACUCACAUGGACUAUCUGCGGUCCGGAUUUGAAGAUCUACAGCGGCGAGUUCAGGAUCUCCAAGAGCAAAAAAGCAUCCUGACGACCCAGAUCCAGCAACAACGAGAGCUGAAUUCAAAAUCAGAUGCCGAACGAGACGCGCACGUGGCCGAUUUGACCCAGCAGCUCGUUGAGGCCAGAAAGCGGUCCGAAUUGUCAGAACAGGAGGUCCAGGGUCUCAGGGAUGAGCUGGCGAUAGUAAUGGAGCAGCUCGACGCUGCACGACAAGAACAGAGCCUGCAAGAGCAACAGCGGCAACAAGAAGAAUCUGCGGCAUUGAAUGCUGAAAGGCAGGCGCGUGAGAGAGCCGAAGAGGAAGUGUCACGAUUACAGCAGGCUGUGCAACAGGCAUCGGCAGCCCGUUCGCAAGCCGAAGAGCAAGUCUCACAGUUACAGCAAGCCGUGCAAGAGGCAACGGUGGAACGCUCGCAAGCUGAAGAACAAGUCUCACAAUUACAGCAGGCUGUGCAACAGGCAACCGAGGCACGCUCUCAAGCCGAAGAGGAGGCUAAACGGCUGCAGAAUGAGUUGUCAGAAAUGGAAAGGGAGGUUGCCAGAGCUCAGACCGAGCUCACUGUGGUCAAAGCCGAGCUUGAUGGCGCUUAUGGAACCCGAGCAGAGAGGGCUGCUGAAGUUGCUGCCAACCCUGUCAUUCAGAAGGAAAUCGAGGAUCUCCGUACGAAAAACACCAGCCUCGCGGAGGAGCUCGCAGCAUUGAAGGAGCAACAAAGUAAUCAACCGAACGCUGCCGAGCUUCAGGAACGGGUGCAAACUCUGGAGAAAGAGCUCCGUGAUACGAUUGAAGAUUAUGAAGUCAUGACCAAGGCGAGCAUUGAAUUCGAAAAGGAACGAGAGAAAUACGAGAGCAUCAUUGAUGGUUUGCGCGAUCGUUGUGAAAACCUCGAGACGCAGCUCAGCGAGGAGCGCAUUACCUGGAUGGGAGUCAACAGUCCAACUGCUGUUCGGGAUGGUGCGUCUGAGACGACGGUGUCGAUGAUGGUCCUCAAGAAUGAAUUCAAGAAGAUGAUGCGGGAAACGCGGGCGGAGAACAUGAAACUCUUGAAGGCAAGUCUUCCCUACUUUGUCAUUUCAUCAUUUUAUGUCAACCCCUUACUAACGGUGGUCUUAUCAUAG